ACACUCAUUGUCGACCUUGUGUAUGUCGCGGUGGAUUUGGACAGAAAACUGCAUAACGUAACGUAUUCCAGACCUUAUUUAUCAGCUUAUGGUUUCUGGGAUCAGAUUGUUUCAGUUUUCUGCUUGUCAGUGCUAUUUGUUUUCGAUCGUUCUGACUGAUAAAUGCAAUAGAUUUCUCACACUUUCCCAGUACUCAACGUUUCUUCAGACCAGAUGGAAACCGCUACACUCAGUAAUGUGAGAUUUCUUCAUAAAGAUAAUUAGCCAGUCAACAUAAUCUGGGAAGUAUUCUUAAAUGUCUUUUUCAACAUGUACAAAGGUGAAAAGAUGUGCCCAGUCAGUCUGUUCAGAAACAUUCGAAAAAGAUUUGAAAUGUCCCCGCCUGUUGGAUAAAUCAAGAAAUAAUAUAAUCCAUACUCCAUCAUUAUACGAUGUUGGUUACAGUUCAACAAACCGUUUAAAUGAAUUUGAAAAUGUCAACAAUUCUUCAUGUAGUCAUGAUCGACUUGCUCAGUUAUCCGCUUUAAUUGAUCAAUGUUCACAUGGCGAAUUGUUGCAUAUAAAAAAAACUAUAAAACCAUUGUUGAAACGAGAUUUUAUUGCAUAUUUACCUGUUGAAAUUUCUUUACAUAUCUUACACUAUUUAUCACCUCGAGAUAUAUUUCAUUGCGCCCAAGUUUCCAAAACUUGGCAACUUGUUUGUGAUGAUAAUUUACUUUGGUAUCGUUUGUGUGUAGGUGCUGGAUUGUUUAACACAUUAUUCAACAGAUCUACGAUGAAUUUAUAUUCAGGUACCCAAAUGAAUUGUCUUUUAUGUGUAAAUAAACCUACGAAUUCACUUUGCAAUGAGACAAAAUCCCUUUUUGAAAGUUAUAUCAUCAAUAAUAGUAAUACCACUGAUGAUGGUGACAAUUUGAAAGUACAUGAUUGUGAUGUGUCCAUGAAAAGUGAUCAUAUUCAAUCUUUUGACACUGAUAGUGAAUCAACUUGUUCAUUAUCCUAUACUGGUAAUCCUUCAAAUUGUUUUAAUUUAAAUGAGGUCAAUUGGAAGUCUUUAUAUCGUCAAGAUUUACAUACUCAGUGCAAUUGGAGAAAUGGUGGACCAUGGCAUCCUAUCAUUGUACCGGCUCAUCAUAAUCAUGUCAUCACUUGUUUAGAAGUAUAUGAAGAAUGGGUAAUCACUGGGUCAGAUGAUUCAAGUAUCUGUAUAUGGGAUAUUAAUACUGGACAGUGUUUAAUUAAUUUAUUCGGUCACCUUGGUGGUGUUUGGUCAAUGACUGUUAUACCACGUCAAUUAUUGUUUCUGUCAAAGCAAAAACAAUUAUCUCAGCAUCCUUUACUUAUAUCUGGUAGUUGUGAUCGAACAGCUCGUGUAUGGCAAUUAGAUGGUCAACAUUGGCCUUGUAUAGCCACGUUGUUUGGACAUCAAUCAACUGUUCGAUGUUUAGCUAGUCAAAAAUUACAUUCUUGUCCAAAAUUUGUUGUUACCAAUUCGAACAGUUACCAUCGUUCCACAGAUGUAUAUACUAAUGAUAAUUGUAAUAGUAUGGAUGAUAAUACUUCUAAUUCUACUAUUAAUAAUGAUAAUGACGAUGAUGGUGUCGGAGAUGAUGAUUCAGAUAAAGAAUUAACUCACAAUAUGUUUCAUAGCCAACAAAACCAUUCUAGUCAUGGAAGUACGUAUAAAACAACUUCAAAUAUUCAUCAGACCAACAGUAGUAGCAAUGACGGUAGUAGUAAAUGGUUUGAUCCAAUUCUAUCAAACAAUGAGACUAAUUCGAUGGAUAAAAUGGAAAAACAAGAGCAAACUUUUCAAAAUGGUCACUUAGUUGUUACAGGUAGUCGUGAUACAACUUUACGUCUAUGGAAUGUAUUAACUGGUGAAUGUAUACAAGAAUUUCGAGGUCAUCGUGGAGCAAUACGUUGUGUUCAGUUUACUGGUGAUCAAAUUGUUUCCGGUAGCUAUGAUUGUACAAUUCGUUUAUGGUGUGCAUUACAAGGUCAUUGUCUACGUGUUUUCAGUGCACAUACAAAUCGUGUUUACACUUUAUUAUUUGAUGGUUAUCAUAUUAUCAGUGGUUCAUUGGAUACGACUAUACGUAUAUGGAAUGCGCGCACUGGUGCAUUGAAACAAACAUUCUAUGGUCAUCGUUCAUUAACAAGUGAAUUAGCAUUUGGUUCUGAACAAAAUAUUCUUGUGUCAAGUAAUGCCGAUGAAACAAUACGAGUUUGGCAUAUGAAUAGUGGGAAGUGUGUACAUGUUCUUGCUGGACCUCAUAAACAUCAAUCAGCUGUUACAUGUGUCCAGUUAACUCGUAAUUUUAUAAUAUCAUCUGGUGAUGACGGUACAGUGAAAUUAUGGGAUAAGCAGUCUGGUGCGUAUAUUCGAGAUCUUUUACGACUUGAUGGAGCUGGACGAGGCGGUGUUAUCUGGCGUAUAGUUGCUUCUGAAGAACGUUUAAUAUGUGCUGCUGGAAGUCGAAUUGGUAUGGAACCGACAAAAUUAGUUAUUCUACAGUUUCAAGAACCAAAUCUUUGUUCAAAACACUCGAACACUAUUAAUAGUAGUAAUAAAAUACCUCAUAUCUGUCGACCUAGACAUAAAUAUGCUCCAGAACCAAGACUUAGUCAACUAAUAUGCACCAAUUUCAGUACAAUCUAGUAUUUUAUCAUUACUUGUUGGAAAUAAUUAGGAUAAAUUUACUAACUGUUUUAGAUACAUUUCAAUGAAAAGUCUUUGAAGAUUUAUAUUUUAUUGAAUUGUGUACAUAAAUCAGCCUGUUUACUUGUUUGGCCUUCUGAUUAUUGAUAAUUCUAUUUUUUAAAGGUAUAUUUUAGCGAUAAAUUUGUCACCAUCACAUCUAAUUAAUAAUCACAUAGAGAAUGUAUCGUCAAUGUUUUGUGCAAAAGGUUUUAUUAAUAUUCUAAAGAAGAAUAUUUAACCAUGAAAAUCUAGCCUCAUCUCGGGUGUUCGAGCAAACUUCGACACAUUAAUUAAUGGUAAUAAUAAUGAUUGUCAACAGUUUAUGGGAAUUUCAGUAUUUUAUGGUUAACGUCACAGACUGAUCCUAGAAAGCGCUGGAGAGCUAGGACAAAACUGCUGUCCAAUGUUCCCGUUACUAACAUAAACCUUCCUACCCCCAACCGAUUUAUUCUUGUUCCUAUCUUCUUUCUGAUUACAUUUUAUUUCAACUCUAAUGCCAUGUUGCGCAACUCCUCCACAGUCAUUUAUCUGCUUGAUGAACAUUCAAACCCUUAAAAACUACAAUUACAGCUUCUCAGUGACAUUAACAUCUUACGCUUUUGCACCUCUGUUACGAAAUUCAGUAAAUUCUCUACAACCACGAAAUUUCCAGUUCUUACUCAUUGGGAUAUUACAAGCAUAUCAUUAUCCAUCCUGAAAAGAAGCGUAAUGAACGACAAAUUCGACACGUUACGUGUUAAUUGUGUACUUCCUUUUUAACCGUGUGAGAGCCACCUAAGGUGAUAAUUUGUUAACAUAUUAUAUAAUUUCAAUGGUUGAGAUCGUUAGUUGAAGCUAGACCACCAUGUACAACCUGGAGGUACUGGACGGCCGUUCCGUCCUACUGUGUGACUCCCCAACAGUGCGCACCCGCGAUCUCGUCCCCCGCGAGACCAAUAGGUCCCAGGUUCGAGUCCCGCGAGGUGGGGCCAUGGGUGCGCACUGCUGGAGUCCCGCAAUAAGACGAAACGGCCGCCAAGUGCUUCCAGGUUCUCCAUGGUAGUCUAGCUUCAACUAAAUCAUGAUCUCAACCAUUGAAAUUACUAUAAUAUCCACAAAACCGCUUCUGAUAUUAUAUAAUUGUUAGGCCGAUUGCACACAUAAGAGCGGAAAUGUAAUUGGCUGAAUUUCGAACCUAGAAUGAACCAACUGGAUCGCUUUUUGAGUCUUCUAAUUAGUCAUCAACUUUAACAAAAAAACCUAGUAGAAUUAAUAGGAAUGAUGUCACAAGCUUCUCACAUACUUUAAAAGCAUGUUUUUCCUACCACUUUUGUAAAUUAUUAGAUUAUAUGGGUAACCAAGUACAAACUUCAUAUCCUCGGCUUCUGGUUAGACACUUCGAUGUUUUCAAAUCGACAACCUGAUUGUUAGGCGCCGCUCAAUGUAAGAUCGAUUGACGCGGCCUGCUUGAAUAUCUGGGCCACCUGUUCCUGCCAUCUGGAUAUUUCAACAAGUUACCUUUUUGCUUGUUUGUUUGAACACAUCAUUAUACCUACUAGUCUCAUAACCUAUUGAGGUGCGCUUGCUGAAAUUUUACGACAUAUCGCCGUACAAGUUAUAAGAGAGCCCAAUCAGAAGCAUCGUGGUUGCUGGCUAUAAUGCAUCGAAAAGAAUGUACAUUAUACGGAUGUCGAGUCUUAAACUGCUAAAUUUAACUGGCGACCGCUCAAUACUGCAAGAAUCGGUCAAGAAAUAAAAAAGGAAACGUGUUGAAAUAAUUCAUACUGACAAUUCUAUGAAAAAUGUAAUAUUAAAAAAAGCCACUAAUAAUAAUAAAUCGAUUGAUCCG